AUGGCGCGACUGCAGGCACUACUGCUCGGUUCAUACGGGGUGAGCAGGGUGUUGGGGCAGACAUGGUGCGGUAAGGAUUACACUGUAGGUUCGCCGAUUAUACCGCCAGGUGGUGAAUUCCCCGCUCCCGCAACGUCCACGGAACCGCUCCUGGCGCUCCGAUGUGCUCCAGCUAUCAAGCCAUACUUGGAAGAGGAUGCUUUGACUCCAGCCGCUAUCAUCGUGGAUUCGCCUAUUACCUACCAGCAGAUUAGCGGAGCUAGCCCUAUCACGCUACCGUCAAAUAGUCUUCUCGGCGACUUACUCGUUACUGUUACGGCGAAUGGCAAGUUCCUCACAACCGGCGUCGUUCCGCUGAACGCCAGCAAGGUGGAGCUGCCGUUCUCCCUGGUCGGUUUGCAAACCCAGAAACAGGCAUACGAUGUAUCCUGCAGCGCGACGUACUCCCCUCCUGGCGGGGCUAAGCAGACGUUUGAAGCCGGCACCGCUCUUUCGUAUUUGCCCAACCCAGAGACAGGUUCUGUCACGAAGAUGGACUUGCGCUCUGGUAGCUUGUUGGCUAAGCCGGCGAACAAUCCUUCUGGUCCUUACGGCCCUGUGUUCCCGCUUGGGUUCUAUACCAACUGGGGAGGCUAUUUGGACACGAAUUAUAAUCUCUCCUUCAUAGACGAUAUCGCGGCGAGAGGAUAUACAAUUGUGCACCCGGUUCCCGACUACGACAACUUGACUCAAUUCAGCCUGGUUGUCGAUCGUAUGGCGGAGGUGGGACUGUAUCUGAUGUACGAUAUGCGAUGGGAUUACCAGAACGCUACUGCAGUCACCGAGCAAGUGAACAUGUUCAAGAACCGGUCCAACCUUCUGCUCUGGUACACCGGCGAUGAGCCAGACGGCAGCGGAGACCCUUUGAACGCCACCUUGAACGCGUAUGACCUGAUCUACGAGCUCGACGGCUACCACCCCGUUUCCCUGGUCUUAAACUGCCAGGACUAUCACUUCACGGAAUAUUCCUCUGGCGCUGAUAUAGUCAUGCAGGACACGUAUCCUAUAGGCAUCAAUGCUACGUGGUCGGUGGAGUACCACACGGAAUGUACACCGGAUUACGGGUGUUGCGGGUGCGAUAAUUGCGUUGGUGAUUUCGAGGAUAUCUCGAAUCGGAUGGACGAGUUCCGGCAGAGGCUGGAGGUGCUCGGGUGGGACAGGACGAAGGCUUUGUGGACGGUCCCUCAGGCUUUUGGCAAUGCGCAGUUCUGGAAUCGCGUGCCUUCUGGGAAAGAGUGGGUGGUCGAGAGUGUGCUCGGGAUCAACCAUGGAGGCCUCGGUGUUGUACCCUGGAACGACCCCACGACCACGGACAUUACGAAUUCAGCGACUAUUCUCGCCAAGGCGCUCCCCACCCUCGAGGCCUUCAUUCUCUCGCCUUCCGCGACGUACAAGCAGUCCACCGCCGACCGCGUGGACGUCGGCAUGUGGACUGUGGGCACGCAGACGCUUGUGCUCGCUACUAAUCUCAAUUACUUCAACGCCACGCUGGAUCUGGCUGCGCUGAUCCCUGGAUCGCUGGGGCAAGUCACGGAAGUGUUCAAUAGCGGGGCGACGUAUUCGAACGGGCAGAUCCAGCUGGAGUCUGUUGGGACGGGUGGAUUUAUGGUUGGCUUGUGA